AUGUCUCGCGAGUCAGGGCUGGGCUUUGAUGACAAUCAUCUCAAGUCUUGUGGCACCCUCCCGCUCCCUCAACCCAUCGUCAACGACCAUCCCGCAGGGUCUUCAAGCACCAACACGACCUACCCCAAAGUCCUUACUCUUGACGUCGGAGGCCGAAAGUUCAAAGUCUCUCGCGACGUCCUCCUCGAGGCCGGCCUCUUCCGUUUCCAGUUUUCCGAUAGCUUCACCUGGCUUCCUGAACCCGAUGGCAGUUACUUUCUUGACGCUGACCCUGAACUCUUCGAGCACCUCGUUCGCUUUAUGCGCCGGCCUCCCGUGUUCCCGCUGUUCUAUGACAAGGCGUCAGGCUUCGACUACGAUCUCUAUAAUCGGCUUGCAGUUGAGGCAGAGUACUUCCAGCUUGAUGCACUACACGAGUGGAUUAAAGCAAAGACCUAUGCCUGCGCUGUAACGGUGAGAUCAAGCGCCCCGAUCAUGUGCGAUUUCAGUGACAUGCCUUCGACGCAGCUCCCAGCCAACAAGUGCAACGAUAUGCAUUUCGUCCCGCGCGUUAGGAAGAUGUACCUCUGCCCUCGUGGCAUUCUUGUUCACAGGGGCAGUCCCGGCAGGUGUGGGGCAGCAUGUGUUAGGGCCCGAGGCGACGGCGAGUUUCUAUACGAAGACGAGGCGUAUUGGGAGGUCGUGUACGUGCAGAAGGAGAUCGUGUUCGAUGAGACGGUGUGCAGGGCGAAGUAG